AUGAGGUUUGAACUGCUCCUGGUCGUCACGGCCGUCAUCUCCAUCACCGCUAAGCCUCAGAGCAAGGCAGCCCAAAGGAACAAGCUGCUGCUGAUCUCCUUUGAUGGCUUCAGGUGGGAUUAUGACCAGGAUGUGGACACGCCGAACCUGGACCAGCUGGUUCUGGACGGAGUCAAGGCCAAGUACAUAACCCCCCCGAUGCUGACCAUGACGUCCCCUUCCCACUUCACCACCAUAACAGGUAGGAACUGGGGGUGCAUCGAUCACGAUUUUCUGGCCAAUCACGAUAUUUAAAAAGCUUGACCUGCCGAUACCGAUUUUGGCGGAUACCUUUUUAUUUUUCAAACUGACAACAUACAUCUUCGAUGUUCUGAUCUAGUUUUAAUAAAAAAACUUUGAGCAAUACUCAUGAAACAAUACAAACCUUUUGUUUAACUGCACGAGGUAGUUCUCUCAAAUAUAAAUGAAAAGUUUAAAAUAUUUCUGUCCAAACUAUUAAAUUAUAUCAGUUCCUUUAGAUUUUUAUUUUCUACAUUUUAAAACUUAACAAUACUUGCCCAACAGGUCAGACUGCAGGCCUGAUUUGAGCCUCUUACCAAAAUAAAGUGCACAGCAGUAUUUUACUUUAGCAAAUAAAGGAAAUCACAAAGUUUGAGGAAGUUAGUAAAAUAAUAAUCUACAGGACAAACUACUAUAACUGGGCGGGUCUGUCAUUCUGGCAAAAGCAAAAAAAGCAACAACGGUGGACUUUCAGACCUCUGCUGAGGUCGAAAAGAUCGGAGGAUAAAAUCAGUUUCAUAUGUAAGGAUCAGCCAAUCACUGAUCCACCAAAAUGACACGAAGAGACACUUCUACUGCUGGAAAUGAAAGGGUUACAGGCCUGCUGGGGACAGGAGGGUUCUGAAGGUCUACAGGAGGUUUCUGGAUCAGGCUGUAACAUCUGCACCGAGAUCCUUCAUGGAUCACAGAACAGAACAUGUUUAAUAUUUAACCGUGUUCAUGAACAGAGAGGACUCGGACCUGCAGUGGACUUGGUUUAAGUGAUGUCCAUACAGAACCAAUGUUAGUAAAAUGCAUAACUGCCUUGCCUGGUUGAACAUUAAGCACAGAUUUACUGCCUCAUCAGCAGCUUUCAUUAGAAGACUAUCUGUGACGAAAUUGCCGAGGAUUCUUCAAGAUCGUUUGUCUCUUUCAGUUCAGAUGAACACUUUUACAAAGCAAGACAUGCUACGGAGGGUAAAUUCACCUUUCCUAAAGUAAAAAUAAACAAGAUGAAAAGUACGGUAAAGUAUAGAACCAUGCUAAUAUGGGACAUAUUAUCCAAGAAAACAACAAAUACAGAUUGAAAGAUCUAGUGAAAGAACAUUUAUUAGUCAAACAGCUCCUUACUUAGAUGAAGCUACUUUGCAGAAUCAAUCAGUGUUUGUCUGAUUAACUUAUAAUAUCUUAAGUCUGCCUAUCUACUGGGUACUGUUUCUGUGAAUUAAUUAAAUUAUGUGGAAUGUAAGUUGAUAUUUAAACAUCUGAUUAUUUCAGAACUAUAGCUACAGUGUGAAAAUGAAUAAGGUCCAGUUAUAUGUGUCUGUUGUUUGUAUUGUUCUUGUUUUAUUGUUUUUGUCUUGUUGGCUGUUGUGAGUUGCUGUGGUUAUUGACGUUGUCUUUGUGGCGUGAUGUUUUUUUUUUGUUUGUCUUUGACUGAGAUGGAGAAGUAAUUGUAAAUGUAGACUCCAGGAAGAGUUACAGGAACCAAGUGUUUGUGGUUCUGGUUCCAGGAGCACAGUCCCUGAAACACGUUUGGUCUGGUCUUCACCUCAUUAACCAAAUCUAGGAUCCAGUAUCAGGACCAUUCUGGAGACUAGAACCUGAAGUUAUCCUUGUGUUGUCUCCUGUGUGUUAGGCAGAUGGGUGGAGGAUCAUGAGGUCGUCCACAAUAUGAUGUUUGACACCAAAACUAACCUCAAAGUCCCUCAUAAGAAGACGCUGACCCGAUCCGAGUGGUGGGACAACGGACCUCUGCCGUUAUGGAUCACUGCGCAGAACCAGGUGAGUCCUUAGCAGGAAACUUGUCUGGGAUGUGAGCUGAAUAUCAGCAAAGAGUCAGUCUGGGUAUCAGGAGUUCAGACUGUAGUGACACUGUGGUUCAUUCAGACUUAGUCCCACUUUCAGUACCAAGCUCCUACAGAAAGCUGAGUGUCAUCUGCAUAGCAGCAAAGGGUGACAAGGGUUAUUCAGCCGAGUGACUUCAUAACGCCGUUUCAGGAACCACUAUAGGUGGGGUAGGCAGGAAUCCAUUGAAGAAGCAUCUUUUUUUGUGGUGUAUUUACAAAAAAUCAUUUAAUAUCAGUCAAUAGUUAUUAGCUAUUGAUGACAUUUGAUAAUAUAACGAUAUCGCUGUGUUCUCUUCUGUCUGUGUAGUCAACAUUUGAACAUUUUUGAGCGGUCCGCUCUUUCUGACUCUAAAGCCGUUCUCCACCUCCCCAACCUGACUGGUUGUGAGGCAGACGCUGCUCCCUGUGUUGUUCACGAGCCCAAACAAAGUUAGUGUGCAACAAUAUCAGACAGUAGAAACCAACCAGAAAGUUCAGAAAAUUGUCUGAAUCCUCCUUUGACCACGACUGCCAACACAUGCAAGAAAGUGAAGUAAAUACCGGAGACUCUGACGGAAUAACAGGCUUAAAACGGAGGUAGACAAGAGCUAAAAAGCUGGGUCAACAUAAACGAAGGGGGGACGCUUCGGAAUCUUGGUGACCCUGUAACCUUUCUGCUGGACAGGUAAACCGCUUUAACAAAGUAAGACAAGAGUCUGUAACAGAAGCGUUUCUUGUCAAACUGGACCUGCUGUAGCGUGUUGUAGCGCCGCUAAACUGUUGACCUCGGGUCCUGGACUUUGUCACUUUAUCCUAGUUGUAGAAGUCCUACAAACAUUGUGUUUGCUGGUAGUCUGUUGGCAUCAACAGUAGCACCAAUGCUCUUUACUUUCACGUUGACUGUGCCCCAUUUGUAAUUAUCUGAAGUAUUUAUCUGCAUUAUAUCUGAAUUUAAUUGGAACGAUACGAGUGAGCAGGAGCUUCUGUUUGUGGGCGGGGCUUGCUGGAGCAGAGAGGGAGGGGAGAGGAGGAGCUGAGGGGAAAACUGGUUGGGAGGGGUAGAGUUUACAUUCAAGAUUUCUCCUAAAAACUGGAACUUCCUCAGAUCCUGACUACCCGACCUUUAAAUGAGUGACUGGAAUCAGAAAAACAGAUUUUUACAGCUGGACUUUGACAGAGCUCCUCAAACAUAUCAGACAGCAGCUACAGAAAGUUGAGUGUCAUCUGCAAAGCAGCAAAGCCGAAUGACCUCAUAGCGCCAUUUCAGGAACCAUUAAGUGACGUCACAGAGACAGAGUUCAUGUUUUUUCAGUCUGUAUCUGACGUGAUUUUUUUUCUUUGCUCUAGGGUUUGAAAACCGCCUCCUUCUUCUUUCCAGGAGGCGGCGCCAACUACAGCGGCCAGGCGGUCAACAGAGUCUUGUUGGAGGACUUUAAUCACCCUGACGACAACGAGACCGAGUGGCGUGAGAACAUCGACAAGGUGAUGAGCUGGUUCUCUGAGGAGGACUUCCACCUGGUGACGCUGUACUACGGAGAGCCGGACAACGUGGGCCACGCCAAGGGACCGGAUCACCCUGACAGGAAGAAGAUCAUCAUGCAGAUCGACCGCACCAUUGGCUACCUGAGGGAGGCCAUCGUUCGCCAUCAGCUGACUGACACUCUGAACGUCAUCAUCACCUCUGACCACGGUAUGACCACCGUCAAGAAGCGACCACAGGUGGAUGAGAUCAUCCUCAACAAAUACCUGAACUUACUCAAGCUCGCCAGCUUUGAGAUCCUGGACUACGGCGGGUUUGGGAUCCUGACGCCACGGCCUGGGAAGGAGCAGGAAGUGUUUGACGCUCUCUCCAAAGCUCCCAACCUGACGGUGUGGAAGAAGGAGGAGUUUCCCGAGAGCUUCCAUCUGGCCAAGAGUAAGCGGCUGCCCCCCAUCGUGGUUGUCGCAGAUCUGGGAUUCAACCUGAACUCUGUGAGUUUCCUUCAUUUCCCUCCGAGUCCUGAAUAAGUGUCCGAUCCUGGUGUAUCUUUCAAUGAAUUCUAACUCCUCUGCAGAGAUUCAUCGUCUACGUAAACAAAGGCGAUCACGGCUACCAUAGCGGGGAGAUGGACAUGAAGACCAUCUUCAGGGCGUUCGGUCCAGACUUCAAGAAGAACUUCAUUUCUGAUCCGUUUGACAGCAUCCACAUCUAUCCUCUCAUGUGUAAACUGCUGCAGAUUGAACCGGCACCGCACAACGGAUCCCUGAGCGCCACUGAGAACCUGCUCAACGGUCAGUAUGUUCUUAGACUUCAGAUUUGAGGGUUCCUGCAGGGAUCCAAAGAGUCCUUCAGAAUCAAACUAAAACCUCUUUCUGUUUCCAGGUGGUCCACAGAUGACUUGUCUGCCCGUCUCUCUGCUGCUGGUCCUGCUGCUCCUCAGGUUCACACUGCUCUAA